CCGGGCAGGGGCGGGAGUGGCGGAGGGGGACGGCGGUGAGCUGUGAAAGGGGCGGUGAGCGCUGCCCCGGGUUCUAGGCGAGGCUUGGCCUCCCCAGCUGAGACGGGGGGAAGCGGCGGCGGCGGCGGCGGCCCUCGGGCCGGCUGGUGAGGCGAUGGCGGCGCCGGCCCCGGGGGCGGGGGCAGCCUCCGGCGGCGCCGGCUGUAGUGGCGGCGGCGGCGCGGCCGCCGGCUCGGGCUCUGGGUCCGCGGGCACCGGGGGCCGGCUUCCCAGCCGGGUGCUGGAGUUGGUGUUCUCCUACCUGGAGCUGUCCGAGCUGCGGAGCUGCGCCCUGGUGUGCAAGCACUGGUACCGCUGCCUGCACGGCGAUGAGAACAGCGAGGUGUGGCGGAGCCUGUGCGCCCGGAGCCUGGCAGAAGAGGCUUUGCGCACGGACAUCCUCUGCAACCUGCCCAGCUACAAGGCCAAGGUACGUGCUUUCCAACAUGCCUUCAGCACUAAUGACUGCUCCAGGAAUGUCUACAUUAAGAAGAAUGGCUUUACUUUACAUCGAAACCCCAUUGCUCAGAGCACUGAUGGUGCAAGGACCAAGAUUGGUUUCAGUGAGGGCCGCCAUGCAUGGGAAGUGUGGUGGGAGGGCCCUCUGGGCACUGUGGCAGUGAUUGGAAUUGCCACAAAACGGGCCCCUAUGCAGUGCCAAGGUUAUGUGGCACUGCUGGGCAGUGAUGACCAGAGCUGGGGCUGGAAUCUGGUGGACAAUAAUCUACUACAUAAUGGAGAAGUCAAUGGCAGUUUUCCACAAUGCAAUAAUGCACCAAAAUAUCAGAUAGGAGAAAGAAUUCGAGUCAUCUUGGACAUGGAAGAUAAGACUUUAGCUUUUGAACGUGGAUAUGAGUUCCUGGGGGUUGCCUUUAGAGGACUUCCAAAGGCCUGCUUGUAUCCAGCAGUUUCUGCUGUGUAUGGCAACACAGAAGUGACUUUGGUUUACCUUGGAAAACCUUUGGAUGGAUGACAGUGGCUUUCUUGGGAUGAAAGACAGAGUAGAGGAGAUAUCUGCUUGUGGAAAGUAAAAUCAUGAAGUGACAGUGUCAUACAUGCAUGUCCAAGAAACAUCCUGAAAAACACAUGAAAAUGUUAACUGUAGAAGCAACUCUACAGCAAAGAUAAUCUUAGAGUUUCCUCUUUCUACUGGGCCAGAAAAAUCCUCAGGGUUGCAGUUGGUUGGGCAGUUGACAUAUGCAUGUUGCAACAGAAUUUGUCUCUAAGCAAGCAAUGUGUUAUUUCCAACUUUUAAGAUUGUGAUACAGCCAAUUCCAAGAGCUUUUGCUGAAAGUUUUGUUUAUAACUUCUGUUUUGACUUAUUAGUAAACAUUUAUUUUGUAACAAAGUUUUGAAGGUGCUGAAUGGAAAACAGAAACACAUGGUUAUUGCAUAUCAAAGCUAGAAUCAAAUAAUUGCCUAAAUAUUUAACAACAAGCUAUUCUUAUCUCAAAGAUUUAAAUUCACUAAUAUCCCAUUUGCAAAUUUUAUAAAAUGGAGGUUCAUAUUUAGCACAAGAAUUGGGGGAAUGAAGAGCCUUCAUUUAUAACCUGGUAAAUGAAUUUGUUACUGGAGACCAAUAGUAGCUGUACAGAAUAGUAAAACAAACUACUACAAUGUUCAAGGAAAUGGAAUCUCUUUUUCAUUGGUGCUGAGCAGUUAAGUAGAAGACAGUUGCAUGAAUCAUCUAAACCAGUAGUCUCAACCUCAGCUGUACUUUGGAAUCAUGUGUGUUUUGAAAAUUUUGAUACUUGGAUCUCAUACCCUAAGAUUUUGAUGUUGGUCUGGGAUAUGACAUUACCAUAAGGAUUAAAAUAAUUCUAGAUGAUUUUCAAAUAUGUUGCCAAGUUGGGUUCAAAAUUAAUGUUAAGUUUUCUCAUCUGCCAAAAACAAACAAAAUCUUUGCUCCCUCUCUUCACUACCUUACACGAGUAUUGAGGAUAGAGAAAAUAAUGUCAAAAGGCUUGUAUGAUGGAUAAGAGGUGCUAUUGAAAGGCAAAGUAGUAGUUGUAUUUCAACUGAAACUAUGAGCAGGAAAAACGUGUAACUGAAUUUGCUUUGUUGACUUGAGAAACCAGGAGCAUUCUCUAGCUCUUUAGUGAAGCAUGCAGAUGUGUAAGCAGACAUUACUAAUACUCUCAUUCAGACUCUGGUAUUCUGUCAUACUUGAGAUAGGCAGUUUUCAUUAUCUGCUUUUACAUAGGAAAGAAGAAAUAUUAAGACUUAAAGUCUGUAAUGGUGAAUGGCUCAUAAUUAAAACAUUUCAUACAAAGAAAUCUGUGGACAGGAUCACUGAUGGACUCUUCUUUAUGUCCACAUCAUCU